AUGGGUUGGUUAUGGAACUCCAGUACUUCCGGAGACAAACCCAGCUCCAGCUCCAACAACACUCCAACUUUACCAGAAUCAACCACUCCGCAAAAUGCACCACCUAAAAAGUUGACACCAGACGAACAAGCCGACCUAGAAUUCAAUCAGCUUCUCGCCGACCUCCGAAGAGCAGAUGGAGAAUUAAAUAAUACCACACAAUCAUCUACGUCGUCAUUAAAUGGCACCGCCGAACACCCAACUUCAUCCAUUGCUCCCGAAUCUCUCUACGCAGACACCAUGUCCUGCCGCACAGCCUUUGAUUACGCAUUUUUCUGUCAAUCGUUCGGAGGACAAUUCGUCAAUGUCUAUCGUUAUGGAGAAUUGAGGUCUUGCAGCGACCACUGGGAUAAUUUCUGGUUAUGCAUGAAGACGAGAGGAUGGUCGGAUGAGCUGCGGAGGAAAACUAUUCGUGAUCAUAACAAGAAGAAGGCUAUUAAAUAUAAGACUGGGCCUAGUAGCGAGGAUGUUUGGGAUGUAAGGCUUGAUCCUGCUUCGGAUGCUUUUAAGGGUGAUUUUGCGGCUCUUGAGAAAGAGAUGAAGGUUGCUGAGGAGGCGCAGCAGACGGAGAAGCAGAAGGGGGGUGUUUGA